CAAAGGGGUGGUGGUGGGAGGCGUCAAAUCUGUUAUUUUGAUUCUGAGCUCGGUCAGUAUGGACUCCGACAACAGGAUUCCUUAAAAAAAAAGUUGCCCACCCGCAUUUAAAACGAAAAUAUGUUGUUAUAACCAGAAUGCGGUUUGUUUUAGUUUAUUUACAACAUGGCAGAGCGUAAGCAUAACGGGAAUAACGUGUGUGAAGCAGCGGAAACGGGGCGGAGGAUGUGAAAUGGUCCAGCCAAAUAAAUAAGAUAUGAACGUUUCUUUCUACCCAACCUGGCAACAUCGCGGAGAAGUAGGCGACGCGGCGAGGAGAAGGGGCUCGCAAACAUGAUAUAAAACGGGGAUAUUAAAUUCAGAUUGCAAAAGGGAGUUUCGCUUUGACUGGAGGCUGGACUACCGAGGAUCAGCGGCGCUGCGCCCGGGAUCUGCAGCGCCGGAUCUCGCUUGGAGAGCCGAUGAAGAGCCUGUGGUUUCUGGGCCGUAUGGAGGUCCGUCGUACAUAAUUUAACGACUUCUUUUGGGAUUUUCAUCAAGCAGGUGUGGUCGGCAACAACAUAUAAUUCUCCGUAGCAAAGGUCUUCAACCUCCCUUUAUCCUUGUCCUCCCUGUGGAUCAUAGGAAAAGCCGAUCAUCCCCCCUCCUUCCUGAACAGACCAACAGAAAGAAUCUAGGGAUCAACUUCCAUCUAUAAUUCCUCAUCUCUCUCAGCUCAUCUCACACUUCCACCACCUUCCCUUGUCAUAAUGGGCACCUGGAUAAUCUACAAAGUAUUCUAGUGCCAUAGAGCAAGACAUGCUCUGCUGUUGACAGUUUGUUUGUCAGAAUGUCCUAAUUCAACAUCAAAAACAUUCACUGUGGAAACUUGAUAUUCAUGAUUAAUCUCAUUGAGAGAAAGAGCCAAAAAAGAGCGAUUGUUCAAACUAAUUCAUAACAAACUGAAUGACAGCUAGUGGAAUCUGAAAGUGCUUCUCCUAAAGGAUCACAGAAUCCUUUUUCAUAAGUUGAUUUGGAAAGUGCAGUGCUCUUGUAAUUCAUCUUCACUCCAUCCUUUUCAUCCUUCACUCUAUCUUCCUGCCAUUCAUUGCUUCUUCAAUUUUGUUUUAGUGGUCCACUUUAAAGGUCUACCUCUCUCCUUCCUUUGUUUCUUCCCCCAAAGUCUUCUUUUUUUGGCGCCCAACCGCCUUCCACCAUUCGCCCCUCUCUCACAACGGCUGUCCUCCCCCCUCGCCCCCGCCCCCAGUCAUCUGCCCCCUCCCUCUGCACACCCAUCCCCCCAUCCUCCCCCCACCAUCACCACCACCACCAUCACCCUCACCCUCACCCUCAGCCCCACUCCCACCAUCAUCAGCAUCACCACCACCGCCAACUCUCCUCCUCUCCCCCUCCCUUCUCCACCUCCUCUUCUGCAAUAACCAUGGCGAUGGCUGCCACCGCCUCUUCCUCCUCUGCAUCGUCCUCAUCAUCAGCUAACAGUAGUGCCCGGGAGCACUUGUUGGCGGUUCGUCGGCGCACCCCGCACUCUAGGCCGUAUACGAUCGGUCCAGACAACCUUCAUAGCCUGCAAGGAGCAGUCGGGGGUUCCACCACUGCGUCUUCAUCCUCCACUAUGUCUUCAGGAAACCAAAUGGAAACGGUGGCUGUGGGGAUGCAGCGGGCCAACAGUGACACAGACCUGGUGACAUCAGACAGCCGCUCAUCACUCACUGCGUCAACAUACCAGCUGACUCUAGGCCACAGCCACCUGGUUAUCUCUUGGGACAUAAAAGAGGAAGUGGAUGCCACCGACUGGAUCGGUCUCUACCACAUUGAUGAGACAUGUAUAGCCAAUGUGUGGGACUCCAAGAAUCGUGGAGUGAAUGGAAUCCAGAGAGGACAGAUCGUGUGGAGACUGGAAGCAGAACCUUAUUUCAUGGAAUCGGAGACUAAGAUCUGCUUUAAAUAUUAUCAUGGUGUGAGUGGAGCAUUAAGAGCAACAACACCUUGUAUCACAGUCAAGAACCCUGGAGUACCGGUGGGCAGUGAAGGCAGAGUGGAGGACCAACCAGUGACUGAGUACUGUCGGAAACUCGUCAGCUUCACCCUAUCAGACAUUCGGGCAGUGGGACUAAAAAAGGGCAUGUUUUUCAACCCGGAUCCCUACCUGAAGAUGUCCAUCCAGCCCGGGAAGAGGAGUGGCCUCCCCAAGUUCACCCAUCACGGCCAGGAGAGACGCUCUUCUAUCAUAGCCAACACCAUCAACCCUGUGUGGCAUGGGGAGAAAUACACCUUUGUGGCUCUGAUGAACGAUGUGUUGGAGAUCGAGGUGAAGGAUAAGUUUUCCAAGAGCCGUCCAAUCAUCAAGCGAUUUCUGGGUCAACUGAUCCUCCCUGUUCAGAGACUUCUGGAGGGGCCAACAGCUGAUGAUCAGCCAAUCAGCUACAGCCUGUGUCGUCGUCUCCCUACGGACCAUGUGAGCGGGCAGCUUCAGUUCAAAGUAGAUAUAACCUCCACCGGUAACGAAGAAGCCUCGGCAGAUGCUGUGGGAACAAUUUUAGGUGGAUCAGUAAACGGUGACCCCGGAAGUCCCUCAGAUGACGAAGACCUCCCUCAUCCAUCCUCUUCUUCAUGCAUGGCAAAUGGACCUUCUCCUACCGGCUCUGAAGAGGGCGCCCUGCUAGUCAACGGUGCUUGUUACUACGGCGACAGCAGCGUGUGGCGUGAUUCUGGACAGAUUGGAGAGGAGGAUCAGGUUCCUGUGGUACCAGGCGGCCAUACUCACCGGCAGGUGUCACUCAAUGACUACCUGGAUGCCAUCGAGGCUCCCAGAAGCCCCGGGGAUCGUCCUUUGAUGGGACCAAAACUCCGAUCCAGCUUUCCAACAGACACGCGGCUCAACGCCAUGCUGCACAUUGACUCAGAUGAGGAUGAGGAGACAGUCGGGCAGCACAGGGAUCCAUCACAGGAGCAGAGCAAUGACUUAGCCCUAUCGACAACUUUGGCUACAUCUCAGUCUCAACAGGGGAACAAGAGUUUAAGAAAAGAACCACAGGGGCAGGUUGAAGUCACAACAGAGGCAGGUCCCUCUGCCAGUGCUCAACCUGGAACUGAGUCUCUAGGGUCAGAAGCUGGAGCUGCAGAAGGUGCGGUCCAAUCAUCAACCACUGCUGAGGUUGAAGCUGGAACUGGAGAGGUUACUGGAGCAUCAGCUGAGGCUGCACAUGUCACCGGAGAAACCGUGAGCUCAUCUGAGACAUCUGUUUCAGCAGCUGGGCUGGGGGAGUGUGUGAGGGAACGCACCUCUCAGGAGCAGAGCAGCAGGACGAGUGCAAACAAGGAAAUGCCCCUCACACCCUCACUUGGUCCACUUUCACCCAUUCAGGAGGUGGACACAAGAAAAGAAGUGGCUCCAAAGGCGGAGGAGGAAGGGGAGUCAUCGAGCAGCGAGGCAAACGGACCAGUAGCAGCAGCUGCUCCUGCAACCAGCAUCAUACCUGACCAAGGAGGAGAGGCUUCUGAAGGUGGAGCGAGAGCGUCUGACAGGAGCGGUCAUGAGGAACAGGAGGGGGAGGUGUGGAGGAGGAGGCAGUCCAUGCAGACCCCCGGAGGCGCGGCCCAGAACCAGGAGGUGUGCGGAUCCAGAGAGAGUCCGAAUGGGGCGGUGGGGGUGGAGAGAGAGCCAGGAGGCGCCACAGCUCAGGUCAAUGGCCACCAGUCUGUCCGCUCCCUGCCAUCUAUCCGCCAUGACAUCAGUCGUUAUCAGAGAGUGGAUGAGCCGCUACCACCAAACUGGGAGGCUCGCAUCGACAGCCACGGUCGCAUCUUUUAUGUUGACCACGUGAACAGAACGACAACUUGGCAGCGUCCCACCGCACCCCCGGCCCCUCAAACCCUCCAGAGAUCCAACUCCAUCCAGCAGAUGGAGCAGCUGAACCGCAGGUAUCAGAGUAUACGUAGGACGAUAACGAAUGACAGCAGGAUGGAGGAGCAGCCAGCCAAUGAGCUGCCAGUAGACGAGACAGACAUACACCCAUCCAUCCCAGAGCUCCGUAGGGACAACAGUGUGGCUCAUUCCAGUUCCAGGUCCAGACUCACCCUUCUGCUUCAGUCCCCGAGUGCAAAGUUCCUCACCAGCCCCGACUUCUUCACUGUGCUGCAUUCCAACCCUAGUGCCUACCGUUUGUUCACCACCAACACGUGUCUGAAGCAUAUGAUCAGUAAGGUUCGUCGGGAUGCUCACCACUUCGAGCGCUACCAGCACAACAGAGACCUGGUGGCUUUCCUCAACAUGUUUGCUAACAAACAGCUGGAGCUACCUAGAGGCUGGGAGAUGAAGCACGACCACACCGGCAAGCCAUUCUUCGUGGACCAUAACUGCCGUGCCACCACCUUCAUUGAUCCCCGGCUGCCCCUCCAGAGCACCCGGCCCCCGAGCAUCCUCACUCACCGCCAACACCUGACUCGCCAACGCAGCCACAGUGCUGGGGAGGUCAGCCCCCGACGACUGGUGGGUGAAGACCCUCGCCAUGCCAGCCCCCCCAUCCUACCCCGGCCCUCCAGCACCUUCACAUCUGCCAACAGGGGGCAGUGCACGGAUGUUGUGCCAGUGGCUUACAACGACAAGAUUGUGGCAUUUCUUCGACAACCAAACAUCUUUGAGAUUUUGCAGGAGAGACAGCCGGACCUCAACCGGAACCAUUCACUCAGGGAAAAGGUGCAGCUGAUACGCACUGAAGGAGGGUCAGGAUUGGCCAGGCUGUCUGGUGAUGCUGACCUCGUCAUGCUGCUAAGUUUGUUUGAAGAUGAAGUAAUGUCCUACGUGCCUCCUCAUGCCUUACUUCACCCCAGCUACUGCCAGUCACCCCGGGGAUCCCCUGUUUCCUCCCCACAGAAUUCUCCUGGUACUCAGAGAGCUAAUGCCAGAGCCCCAGCACCCUACAAGAGAGACUUUGAAGCCAAACUGCGCAACUUCUAUAGGAAACUGGAAACUAAAGGCUACGGACAAGGACCAGGGAAGCUAAAGUUGAUCAUCCGUCGUGAUCAUCUGCUGGAAGAUGCCUUCAACCAGAUCAUGUGCUAUUCUCGCAAAGACCUGCAGCGCAGCAAGCUCUAUGUCAGCUUUGUCGGAGAGGAGGGGUUGGACUACAGCGGGCCUUCCAGAGAGUUCUUCUUUUUGGUUUCUAGAGAGCUCUUCAACCCUUAUUACGGUCUGUUUGAGUACUCUGCUAAUGACACCUACACUGUCCAGAUCAGCCCCAUGUCUGCCUUCGUAGACAAUCACCAUGAAUGGUUCCGGUUCAGUGGUCGUAUUCUGGGUUUGGCUCUAAUCCAUCAGUACCUGCUGGAUGCCUUCUUCACUAGACCCUUCUACAAAGGCCUACUGCGCAUUCCCUGUGAUCUGAGUGACCUUGAGUACCUAGACGAGGAGUUUCACCAGUCUCUUCAGUGGAUGAAGGACAAUGACAUAGAAGACAUGCUGGACCUCACCUUUACCGUCAAUGAAGAAGUCUUCGGACAGAUAACAGAAAGGGAGCUGAAGCCCGGUGGUGCAAACAUCCCUGUCUCAGAGAAGAACAAAAAGGAAUACAUUGAGCGGAUGGUGAAGUGGAGGAUAGAAAGAGGAGUGGUACAGCAGACUGACAGCCUAGUUAGAGGAUUCUAUGAGGUGGUGGAUGCCAGGCUUGUAUCUGUGUUUGAUGCAAGGGAGCUUGAGCUGGUGAUUGCAGGAACAGCUGAGAUCGACUUAUCAGACUGGAGAAACAACACAGAAUACAGAGGAGGUUACCAUGACAACCAUAUUGUGAUCCGAUGGUUCUGGGCAGCAGUGGAGAGGUUCAACAAUGAACAGAGACUAAGGCUCCUGCAGUUUGUAACCGGGACAUCCAGUAUUCCUUACGAGGGCUUUGCUUCUCUGAGAGGCAGCAACGGACCCCGCAGGUUUUGUGUGGAGAAGUGGGGGAAGGUCACUGCACUGCCCAGAGCUCAUACCUGUUUCAACCGGCUGGACCUGCCACCUUACCCAUCCUUCUCAAUGCUAUAUGAGAAGAUGCUGACAGCAGUGGAGGAAACCAGCACCUUUGGACUGGAAUGAUCCCUGUCUGUCCACCGACCCAAAGCUCAGCGAAUCUCAGUCUAACCCUCAAGGACUGCUGUUGACAGUGAAGUGAGGUAGCCAUAAUGGACAAAGGUUAAAAAGCUGGAUUUAAAGUCCAAUUUAUUGUUUUAUAUAAUGGGCUAUAUUUUAUAACAAAGGCUUACCAGACCUUUGGACCAUUAAGCUGCACUCUGACCUUUUGAAAUGUCUCAUAAACACUUAUUUUUGUUGCACCUGCACAUAUUUUGCACCUACUUAGUAACACAAGCUUUUACCUGUGUGAUGUGACAAAUGACCCACACUGCCUUUGGGACUAGAAUCAACUGCCGGGACUUGACCAAUUGAUGAUCAGGAUUUUUUUUCUUCACAAUCUCUUUGAUACCAGGAGGUUAAAAAUCAAGACAAAAAGAAGAAGCAAUCACUGCCUUCACUGCAAAAGCUGAAUGGAUUAAGUCUCUUUUAUUCUAGUGUGGAUGGACCUCUCCUCUUGGGCCUGUGCAGAACUGUGAAUUCAGUGAUGCCCUUACUGUAGUACAGCAUCUCCUCGUGGCCUGUUGUAGUAACUGAACUCAUGCAUUUAUUUCUGAAAGGAAAGCAUGAUGUAACUUUUGAAGUAAAGUUUGUGGAUUUUUUCAAUCAACUUCUACAGCUAA